UUAUAGAUAAGUCUUUAUGCUAUUGCGUUUUCAAUUUUUCCUCGUUUCUAAUUAACAAAAUGUAAAAUAUAGUGCUAGUGCAGUAGACUUGAAGAAAAAGUUGACUGUAACACCAUGGGAGUACGUUUGGACUAUUGGUUUUCCAUUAAUGUUUCAAUCUUGAUAAUUCUGACAUUAACAUUGACCGAAACCAGCUGCGAUAGCAAGAAAGGAAAAACGCCAUUUAAAUGCUAUCAAGAACCUGUUUGGAACGAAACCUCUAAAAACUGUUCAGGAUGUAAGCCUGGGUAUUACGGUAGUUAUUGCAGUCAGUCUUGUAAGUAUCCUUCUUUUGGAGCUGGUUGUCAACAAAGGUGCACCUGUCGUGAGGAACAAUGUGAUUUUUCGAAUGGAUGUUCAAACAAGACAACGACCAUGUUCGUCAUAACUUCCAUUCUCAUGUCAGCGAUGGAUAAAACGACUGGUGAAAUGGAUAAUAAGACUGUUGAAAUGGAGAAGAAUACUGUUGAGAUGGAUAGUAAAACUGCUGAGAUGGAUAGUAAGACUGUUGAGAUGGAUAAUAAGACUGUUGAGAUGGAUAAUAAGACUGUUGAGAUAAGCAAACCUAAAGAAACCUUGUUCCAUGGCAUAUUAAGUACACUGUUUAAUACAAAUAACAUGUCAAUAAUGAUUGUUUCUGUAGUUGGCUUGAUUUUGAUAACACUUAUGUUUGUUUUCGCGUAUAAACUGAUACGAAAGAAAUGUUCACAAAGGCGUAUAUUGAAUUGUCAUAAUAAAGAAAAUCUUCCAGGUGACAGCAUGCAUGAACCAGUACAUUAUGAAGAAAUUCUAAAUAUAACAGUUUUAUCUACGGUAGAAGGUCAUGAAUCAGUUAAUCAAUCUGACAAUGACUAACAAAAACGAAAUGUUUGAAUAAAUUUAAAAGUCAUCAGCUUAAACAGAAAGC